AUGGUUUGGACCAGCAGGUUGGAAGUAAAGGACAUCUCCCACGUCGAGCGCGUCCUUUCCCCCACCGACAAGCUCCACGAAGACCUUGACGCCUCCCGCGUCGACCAGGAGGUCCUGGCAUACGCUGCCCGCGGCCCUGUCGAUGUCGAUGAGGCGGAGAGUCGUCGUCUGCGACGCAUGAUCGAUCGCCGCGUCCUGCUCAUCAUGAUCGUCACGUACUUCCUGCAGGCGCUGGAUAAGGGCACCAUGUCGUUCGCUUCGAUUAUGGGGAUUCGCGAUGAUACCCAUCUUAAGGGGUCGGAGUACUCCUGGCUCACCACCUGCAUCUACAUCGCCGUCCUGGCCGUCGAGUACCCCACCAACUGGAUCAUCCAGCGCGUCCGCAUCGCCAAAUACCUCGGCGUCAACAUCAUCUGCUGGGGCGCCGUCCUGGCGCUGCACUCCGUGUGUCGCAACUUCGCUGGCCUGGUCACCGUGCGCACCCUGCUGGGUGUGUUUGAAGCGGCCUGCCAGCCCUCCUUCGUCUUGCUGUCGGGCAUGUGGUAUAAACGGGAAGAGCAGGCUUCGACGGUUACGUAUUGGUACAUGAUGAACGGCGCGCAACAAAUCGUCGGCGGUCUUCUAGCCUACUGCUUCAGCCUACUCGGCAGCCACCGGGUGCUCAAAUCCUGGCAAGCGCUCUUCCUGAGCUACGGCUGCCUCUCUAUCCUCUGGGGCCUCUUCGUCCUGUACUGGAUGCCCGACUCGCCCAUGCGCGCCAAAUGCUUCUCCGAACCCGACAAACACCGCAUGGUCCACCGCGUCCGCGCCAACCAGACCGGCCUGCAGAAUAAAUCCUUCCGUCCCUAUCAGGUGUGGGAGGCGCUGUCCGAUCCUCAGGUUUAUUGUUAUUGUGCCAUUCAGGUCUUCACCGCCCUCCCGACUAGUGGGUUGGGCGCGUAUGCGAAUAUUAUCAUCUCGGGAUUUGACUUCACCGAGUUGCAGACGCAGUUGUUGGCGAUGGUGCUCGGUGUCUAUAUUGUUUUUGUGCUGUUGGUUUCGGCGGCCCUGGUUAGGAGGUUUGGGCAGAAUUUGUUGGUUAUGUUGGGGUUUAUUGUACCCUCCUUCAUCGGCACCAUCGUCCUCAUGACCGUCCGGAAUACCUCCCUCAGCACAAAAGUCGGCCUCCUCUUCAGCUACUACAUCACCCUGUCGUUCUGGUCCGCCCAGAAUCUGGGUCUGUCUAUGGUGACGCGCAAUAUUGCCGGCGCGACCAAGAAGUCGACUGUCGUUGCGGCGACGUUUGUGUCUUGGGCUGUGGGGAAUGCCAUCGGCCCCCAAGUCUUCCUCCCCCGCGACGCCCCCCGCUACUUCAUCGCCUUCGGCGUCCACCUCGCUUGUUACUCCGCCAUGACCCUCGCCGUCAUCUUUCUGCGUUUCUACCUCAUCCGCCAGAAUCAGCGCAAGGAUCGCGCUAUGGCUGAGGCGGGGCUGCAUAUCCUUGAUGGUGGUAAUAGGGGGAGGGAGUUUGAGGAUAGGACGGAUCGGGAGAAUGCGUAUUUUAGGUAUGUUUAUUGA